GUUUACUUGACCGUUCGUACUUCGUUGCUCAUGCUUCAACUCAGUCAAACUCAGUCUGUACCUAAAUCCUAAAAAAAAUACAAUCUGCUUGUCCAACAUCAUUCAGAAUUUCAUUAAAAAAAAAAUUAUUUGCUCGUUCUUGAUCAGUGAAUUUCACAAGCUUGAAAGUUUCACUGUUGUGUAUUCAAGUUAUAUCGCUACUACAAAAUGCCUCCUAAAAUAGAUCAGGGCUUGAUAAUAAUUUUGGAUAAUGGAAGAAACGUUGCAAAUGCCGAUGAAAAAGACAAAAAAAGCUUUUAUGAGAUGGCGCGUGAAUGUGCCGCUCGCAUUAUUGAAACCAAAAUUCUCAGUCAAGCUAAGAACAGUUAUGUGGGUGUAAUUCUGCUCGGAUCGAAGAACACGAAGAACAGCGUAGCUGAACAAGCUCCUGGAGAGUUCAAACAUAUAGAAUUGUUAUCCGCCCUGCAAACACCUACUUGGCAAAUGAUUAGGGAACUACCGGAGUCGCCCAGCAAGUCUAAAGGCGAUUGGAUGGAUGCUCUAAUUGUAGCAGCUGAUCAUUUCAAAAAUGGUGUCUACGGCGUAAAGAUAAUUAAAACAAAAAUAAUUCUUCUAACCAACUUUUGCACUUUAACGAAAUAUGAUCAUGAUGAAAUACAACAGGUCCUGAAUGGUUUCAAGGCUGACAACCUAGAAGUCAAUGUCAUAGGACCUAACCUUUAUGAUGAAGGACACAUCAAAAACAAUGACUUUGAACUUGCAAGGCUGUUUGUUGAAGAAACCAAAGGUGUUGCUGAGCCUUUUGGAUCGGCAAUGAGUUUUUUACUAUUUCAUCAAAGAAAAUCAGUGAAUUCUGUUGCUUGGAAUUCUGACCUCAGUAUAGGUCCGGACUUGAAAAUACCCAUUUCAUCCUACAUCAAAAUUGAUGAUAAGCCUGUCGUUGGCAAGUGGACAAAGAAGGUUAAAGAUCCUGUGACAUCAAAACCAAGUAAAGAGGAAGCAAUAAAAAAAGAACGAAUAUUUUAUAAUGCAGAGAACCACAGUAAAGUAAAAUCAGAUUCAAGAACGAAAGGAUAUCAAUAUGGGCAACAGAUAAUACCAUUUACUCAAAAUGAAGAAACUGAACUCUAUGCUUCUGGUGAAAAAGGUUUGACAGUUUAUGGUUUCACACAUAAAGAGAAUAUACAGUGGCAGUGCUUGACUGAUGUGGGAUUAAGUUACAUUUUUGGGAGAAAAGGUGAUGUUAACGCUCAACAAACUGUCAAAUGUUUGGUUGAAUGUCUACUUGAACUCAACUUAGUUGGUGUAGCAAGGAGAGUUUGUAUCAGUAACUAUGCACCAAAAAUGUACGCUCUAAUACCAAAUGUAGACAAUGAAAACGGAAUAUAUUUGUCUAUGAUACAAUUGUGUUACAAAGAAAAUAUUAAACACAUGGUUUUUCCUCCAACAAAUUUAAAAAAAUAUUCCUGCACAGAUGCACAAGUUAAUGCUUUCAAAGAACUGAUUGAAGCCAUGGAUUUGACUAAAGCUUAUGAUGAUACAUAUGAUGACACUGAAGCAUUUCCUAUUGGUGAAACAGUGAGUCCUACCGCACAAUAUAUAUUAGACUGUAUUGCAUUUCGAAGUCUGAAUCCAGCAGCACCACUACCACCACCAAGAGAUGAGAUAAUGACAUUAUUCAAAGUACCUCCACUAGUUGAAAUGAGAUCUCGAGGAGCACUGGAAAAGAUUGAAAAGCUAUUUCCACUGAAUAAAAUUGAACCAAGACCGAAAAAGAACAAGCAGCAACAAGAAAGUCCCCAAACCUUAACAGUAUUACCAGUUACCAAAAAAGCAGAAAAUGAACCAUUUGAGAUACCUAAGAUUUCAUUAUUCAUGGAUAAAAAUUCAACAGAAACUACUAGUAUAGGUACUAUGAAUCCCAUUGAUGAUUAUAAAGCUCUUACAAACAAAGGCAAAAGUUUGUCUGAUUUGGCUACAGAAAUGACAGAAAGUAUACAAAGUUUACUGUAUUACAAUUUGCACGAUGAUUCCAAAAAAGCUGUAAAUGCCAUGAAGUUCUUUAGGAAUGAAUGCAUUAAGUCAGAUCCAUCAAUUUACAAUAAUUGGCUUCAAAAACUUAAAAUAUCUCUGAAUCACGAAAAAAAUACAAAGGUAUUGGAAGUCAUAAAUGAAAAUGAGUUGAAUGUAAUAUUAAAGUCUGAAAGCAGUUUGAGUACAUAUGAGAAUGAAGACAGUCAGCUAUAUGAGAAUGACACGAUUCCUAACACUUUGCCCGUUGUAAUAGAUCCUGAAGUGGAUGCUUUAUUUGAUGAAAUGUAAACAAAUAUGAAUCAAGUUAGCAGUUAGCAAAUAUUAAAUGAAAAUAAAAAAAUAAUUUAAUGUGAUAUUUUAGCUUUAGACAAUUCAAAAUUAUGCCCCCUGAAGUCUAGUAUUAACUAAU